UGAUUCUUUUCUCCUUUUCUUCUUCCUGUUGCUGCCAGUACAUCGAAAUGCACAUCCUAUUUCAACUUCUUUCCUCUAUUGUUGUAACCCUGGUUCUUUAUGCCUCUUACCUUCUCUUCAAUAUCGUUCAGUUCCGGAUUAACUCGCAGAUAAAGGAUGUUCCAGGCCCUCCUAGUAAACAUUGGUUUUGGGGUAAUAUGAAAGAAAUUAUGGACAGUGACGCUGCUGUACUUCACGAAAAGUGGGUCGAGGAGUAUGGCCACACGUUGAAGUAUAAAAUGCUUUUUGGUCGCGAGCGUUUGUUUACUAUGGAUACCAAGGCUUUGAACCAUGUUCUUAUGAACCACUACAUCUACCAAAAACCGGAAGCGGCUCGAUAUAAUUUGAGUCAGAUUCUUGGCGAAGGCAUACUAGUAACGGAAGAAGACAAGCACAAACUCCAACGCAAGAUCAUGAAUCCUGCUUUCGGUCCUUCUCAAAUCCGAGAACUGACAGAGAUAUUCGUUGAUAAAUCUAUUGAAUUGAGGGAUGUGUGGGCAGCCCGGAUCGCUGCUGGAGGCGGGGAAGCUCGUAUUGAUGUUCUUUCGUCAUUGAGCAAAAUGACUUUGGACGUAAUCGGGCUUGCAGGUUUCAACUACAAAUUCAAUGCCUUGAAAGACGACGGGGGUUCUAAUGAACUAAAUAAGGCGUUUGCAGUCAUCUUUGGGGACCCAGAAGCCCAAAAAAUACGACCAUGGCCUCUUGCGCAGACCUUGUUACCUCCCUUGCGUGGUCUGCCUUCACAAGACCCUCCAGGAUUUAAAGAAGCCAAGAAGACAAUGUCUCGUAUCGGUCAUAAUUUACUUCGCGACACUCAAGCCUCUCUGCGAGACACUGGUGGAGAAAAAUCAGAAAACUGGGAUUCAAGGGAUUUGUUAUCACUUCUUGUCAGGUCAAAUAUGAGCGGGGAACAAGGCCAAAUGAGCGAUGAUGAUGUAUUGGCACAGGUCCCAACAUUUUUAGUCGCAGGACACGAAACAACCAGCACAGCAACCACCUGGGCGCUUUUCGCACUUGUCCAACACCCUGACGUCCAACACAAACUACGGGAAGAACUAUUGUACACGCUCUCUACUGAAAAUCCUAGCAUGGAUGAACUCAACUCUUUACCAUACCUCGACAAAGUCGUUCGCGAGACAUUAAGAGUGCAUGCACCCGUCCCAGGGACAAUGCGUGUGGCGGCAAAAGACGAUGUCAUUCCGUUGGGCAAGCCGUGGAUAGAUAGAAAGGGUGUGGCGAGGGAUAGCGUUUCGGUUCAAAAGGGUCAAACGAUCUUCGUACCUAUCCUUGCUAUAAAUCGGGACAAAUCUUUAUGGGGAGAAGAUUCCAUGGAAUUCAAACCCGAACGUUGGGAUAACCUUCCCGCUGCAGUAUCCUCGAUUCCUGGUGUCUGGGGUAACUUGCUGACUUUUCUUGGAGGUGCUAGGGCAUGUAUUGGGUAUCGCUUUUCUCUAGUCGAGAUGAAAGCGCUGUUAUUCAUCCUCGUACGGAACUUCGAAUUUGAGUUGGCGGUCCCCGCAGACGAUGUGAUCGCCAAAUCUACUGUCGUGCAACGACCGAGGUUAAAGAGCGAAAAAGAUGCGGGUAGUCAGUUGCCUUUGAUAGUAAGAUUGCAUCAGAAGGCUUGAUAUAGGAAAAGGACUCGGAGGAUUGGACUUUGUGCUUCCGUUGAUUUCCAAGUUGGUUGGAUUGCAGGAUGGAUCAAGUGAAUAUGUACCAUGCUGGAUGGAUUUUUUAUCU